UUUGAUUUUCAGAAGAUGGAACUUUUGCCCUACGAUUGCUUUGCACACAUUUUAUCCUUCACUUCCCCUCAGGACCUCUGCAGGUCCUCUCUGGUCUCCUCCAUUUUGCAGUCAAUGGCAGAUUCAGAUGCUGUCUGGGAGAACUUUUUGCCAUCCAAUUAUCAUCAAAUUGUUUCUAGGUUCGUGACUUCCUCUUUGUCGUGUUCUUCCAAGAAACAAUUGUUUUCCAUGUUAUGUAAUCCACGACCAAUUGACGACGGUAACAAGAUAUUCUCCAUUGAGAAGAGAAGUGGCAAAAUCUGUUACCUGUUGAGCGCAAGACAACUUUCAAUUGCAUGGGGAAACAGCCCUCUCUAUUGGUCCUGGAAACCCAUCCGAGGUUCAAGAUUUGAAGAAGCAGCUGAACUGAGAACCAUAAGCUGGCUGGAAAUAAAAGGCAGCAUAAACAGCGGAAUGUUAUCUCCCAAUACUUUAUACGGAGCCUACCUGCAAGUGAAAAUCGCGGAUCGUGCUUAUGGGUUAGACGUGUUACCAUCGGAGGUGUCCGUAGAAGUUGGCAAACAUAAAUCACAAGGAACCGUUUGCAUACGUUCAUGUCGAAAAACAGACACCAAAUGUUCUUUUCGUUUUGAAGAUGAAGAAUGGUCGGAGAUUGACUUGGGGAGUUUUUACACCUGUUCAAACGAAGAGGUCAGAAUGUGCCUCAAGGAAGUUAAAGGUGUGCACUUGAAAGGUGGCCUCAUAGUUGAUGGACUUGAAAUAAGGCCCAAACACUUGGAAAAGGCCUCCGCUUAUAGGCCCUAACUAGUUUACGUUUUUUUUUUGUGCGUUGUGGGCCGAACGUGACACUUGUUUUGUUUCGUUUCGUUUUCCCAUUUAGCCCUAGCAAGCGCUCUCUUUAAAAUCCUCUUCUGCGGCUUUGGAAUUGCAUUUCUCAUAACGAAAAAUAUGAAGGUGGGCGCCGUGGUGGUGUGUUAUUGCAUUUCCUAACAGUGAUCCUGGUUAUGUGUUCUUCACUUUUAGGGUUUUUCUUUUUUCACUUCGUUCUUUCGGAUUGAUUUUAUUUGAUUUUUUGUUGUAAUUUUACUGAACCCUAAUUGUUGAAUGGUUUUGUACUUC